CCGCUUUUGUUUCCGGCGUGGAACUGGGCGAGCGUGGCGUGUAGUUGGGUUUAGGUCCGGCCGGGAGCUCGUCGUUUUACCGGUUUGGGUUCGUGGCUUGUGCAGGUGAGACGAUAAGCUCAGGAAUGCAACCGUCGCCCCUUAGAGCCUGGACAGACUUCGGCGUCUGGGAGUGCCGGGACAGAUGCUGGACUUAGAGCUGCGGCUCGGGAUCGGAAAUCAUUCUUCAUUACUUCUCGGCGUUUUCUAGUUUACGGAGUAAUUUUUUCCCUCCAACAGUCCCCAGCACAACACUUUGUGAGAGGAAGUGUAAGUGACUCCAGGUGACAGCUGAGGAGAAGGUUAGGUGAUUUGUCUAAAGACACUACCUAGUAGUUGCUGAGCGGGACCUUAAUGCUGUUUCCAAGUGCAAACUCCAUAUUCUCUGCUUUGCAUCCAGAUUGCAGACGCCCUUUCUUGUUGAAUAAGAGGGAAUCAGUUGCCCUCUUAAGUCGAGUAUCCCGAGAGUGACGAAAGGAGCAAUGGAGGUGAUAUAAUCAAGUCUUAGGUCAAUCUGUAGAUACAGUUUUCUUAUGUCUGAGUCAUUUAUUUACUCGGUGUACUUAUGAGGUGCCUACCGGUUGUCCAGUCCUGUUCUAGAUACUAGAGAUACAGCAGCAAACCAGACUGCCCAACCCUUACGUUCCAGUGGGGGUAGACAGACAAUAAAUGUAUAGUGAGACAGGUGGUGAUCACAGAUAAGGAGAAAAAUAAAGCAGGCUCAGCAGCUACACAGAAAAGAUGGGAGAGGAGGCCAGUGAUGACAAGAAGCCAACAACUAAAUUUGAACUAGAGCGAGAAACAGAACUUCGCUUUGAGGUGGAGGCAUCUCAGUCAGUUCAGUUGGAGCUGCUGGCUGGGAUGGCAGAAAUCUUCGGCACAGAGCUGACCCGAAACAAGAAAUUCACUUUUGAUGCCGGUGCCAAGGUGGCUGUUUUCACUUGGCAUGGCUGUUCUGUACAGCUGAGUGGCCGCACCGAGGUGGCUUAUGUCUCCAAGGACACUCCUAUGUUACUUUAUCUCAACACUCACACAGCCUUGGAGCAGAUGCGGAGGCAGGCGGAGAAGGAAGAAGAGCGAGGCCCCCGGGUGAUGGUAGUGGGCCCCACUGAUGUGGGCAAGUCCACAGUGUGCCGUCUACUGCUCAACUACGCAGUGCGUUUGGGCCGCCGUCCUACUUACGUGGAGCUGGAUGUGGGUCAGGGCUCUGUUUCCAUCCCUGGUACCAUGGGGGCCCUCUACAUUGAGCGGCCGGCAGAUGUUGAAGAGGGAUUCUCUAUCCAGGCCCCUCUGGUGUAUCAUUUUGGCUCCACCACUCCUGGCACCAACAUCAAGCUUUAUAAUAAGAUUACUUCUCGUUUAGCGGAUGUGUUCAAUCAAAGAUGUGAAGUGAACCGAAGGGCCUCUGUGAGUGGCUGUGUCAUUAAUACCUGUGGCUGGGUCAAGGGCUCUGGUUACCAGGCCCUGGUGCACGCUGCCUCAGCCUUUGAGGUAGAUGUGGUUGUGGUUCUGGAUCAAGAACGACUGUACAAUGAACUAAAACGGGACCUGCCUCACUUUGUACGCACUGUGCUGCUCCCUAAAUCCGGGGGUGUGGUUGAACGCUCCAAAGACUUCCGGCGGGAAUGUAGGGAUGAGCGUAUCCGUGAGUAUUUCUAUGGAUUCCGGGGCUGUUUCUAUCCCCAUGCCUUCAAUGUCAAAUUUUCAGAUGUGAAAAUCUACAAAGUUGGGGCACCCACCAUUCCAGACUCCUGUUUGCCUUUGGGCAUGUCUCAGGAGGACAAUCAGCUCAAGCUAGUACCUGUCACGCCUGGCCGCGAUAUGGUACACCACCUCCUGAGUGUUAGCACUGCUGAGGGCACAGAGGAGAACCUUUCUGAGACAAGUGUCGCUGGCUUCAUCGUGGUGACCAGCGUGGACCUGGAGCAUCAGGUGUUUACUGUUCUCUCUCCAGCCCCCCGCCCACUGCCUAAGAACUUCCUUCUCAUCAUGGAUAUCAGGUUCAUGGAUCUUAAGUAGAGAUUAGCAGGAAGCCUUGCUGCCUGGGACGUAGAGGUCUUCUGGUCAUCACCAAAGGCAGACGGGCUGAGGUAUGAGAAUCUGUUGAGGCCAUGCGGGCCAGUAAAUAGUGAACUAGUAGAAAGCAUAUUUCUACCUCUUGAAACAGUUGGUGGUAACCUAACUCUUCUAAUCUUGAGCCAAAUGGAAAACUAGGAGAAUAUAAUUGGUUUCUUGGAUCACCUAAGGUGCCACUUUGAAUUCUCUGAGGCCCUGGAGAGUCCCAUUUCUGCCACUGUCCACUUGGUGGACUAAUUUUUAGGAGGAAUUUUUUUUACUAUUACUGCUUUAUAUUCUGUAUAUAGUACUUGUUAUCUCAUUUAUCCAGGAUGAAAGAUUGAAUCAGGAGGCCUCUUUCAAGUUUAAACUUGGAAAAUUUUAAUAAAUACUUUUGCC